AUGACCUUAUUUACUAACAUUUCCAUUAGAAACCCCAAAUUGCUAUUAGAAUCACCAAAGAAACUGAGAGGUAGUGAAUCUCCUGUUAAGAAGAUUAGAGACCAUGCCCUGCUAUUGAAAUCACCUUUGAAAGAUAAAACAAAUAUUACAUUGUCACCAAUUAGAUAUAAUCAAAAACAAAAUAUGGUGAAAAGCCCCCAAGAUAAACCUGAUUAUAAAGAAAAAAGUAAAUCUCCAAUCAAACCAAUUAAUUUGAUGAAUUUAGGAACCAGUACUAUAUUGAAACCUACAACUCAACAUAACGAUUGGCUAAGAAAAUCACAAAGUCCCUUUUUAAGCAAGGUCAAUGAACAAUCAGAUAAAGGUAGUUUAGGUCUGGAAUCAAGUCCAUCUUUAGAGCAUUUACAUCAUAGUACACCAAGCAGGGGUUCAUCAAAAACAUUAACCAGAGAGCUUUCACACAAAACAACAGAAGAUUUAAGAGGAGAUCAUGAUGUUAAUCUGGAAGAUAAAGAAGCUGAUCUGAAAGAAAAUGAGUAUGAACUUUUUGAUAAAGUUGAAGUUGAAGGCAAGAAGGAAACAUCUAAAGAUGAUGAAGCUAAACAUGAUUCCAAGUCCUUGAAAGAGCCUGUUAAGAUGUUUGAAUUUGAACAAGAUAAUGAACCUGCUAAAAUUUUGAAUGAUGACAAAUUGAGUGAUGAUGAUAAUGAUUAUGAUGCAUCAAUGGAAGAUCAGUCAUUCCAAGCCAUUAGAAAAUCUAUAAGAAGAAGUAUUUUGAGGAAGAGUAAAGCAUCUGAAGAGGUUUCAACUGAUAUAUCAUUUAAAGAUGCAUUAGAUAAUGAACCUCAGCAAUCAUCUCUUGUGGCUAAUCAAGGGUCAAUAGCAACAUCGCGUCCAAAUUCAAAAGAUCUUACAAAUGAACCAAAAACUCAAUCAGAACCUGUUGUUGAUAAAGAUGAAUUUACAAAAUCCAAGACCCCAACAUAUCAAGCACCCCAACCUCAACCACAACAUCGUAAAAGUCAAGGCUUUGCGUUGUUACCUCAUAGAGAUCCAUUAACUGUUAAAUCUGCAAAAAAGGCGCCACCACCAAAUACAAAUAAAGGUGAAAACAAGAACGUCGAAAGCCAAAGCGCAUCUGAAAGCCCACAAGAAAAAUUAUCACCUCUAGUAUUCAAAGGUCUGUAUCCAACAAUAAGUCCCCAGAAAGAUGCUCAGCUAGGCUCAUCACCUUCCAAAAUUGCCAAACCAAAAGCUCAAACUGCUAUAGAAAAAUCACCAUCAAAAUCUUCAGUAAAUGACAAAAAAAGUACCGUUCACAUUGAAUCAACAAAACCACUUAUUCACAGCCCGCCAAAUGAAAAAGUAGUGGACUCUACUAAAACUACAUUUAAUUCACCACUGUCAGGUUUAUUUGCAUCAGUUCAUUCAAGUGUGAAAAAAGUUACAAGUAAAUUUACAAGAGAUCCCAAAGCUGAAAAAGUUAAAGUUGAUGAUAAAUUUAAAGUUAAUAAGAAAAGGAAAUCAAGUACAGGGACUUCUAAAAAGCCAAACUUGGCUCGUGAUGAUUCUCCAAGUAAAAGAAUUGUCUCUAAUUCAGAAUCUAUUUUUACAAGAUUAGCAGCACCAACUGAAGCAAGUAAAGCUAAAAGUGUUAAAAGAGUUAUAAGUGGUACAUCAAAUGCUCUCACUGAAAGUCCAAUCAAGGCAAAUGAUGACGAUUUUAGCUCAAAAUUAUCACCUGUGAAAUUCAAUUAUGAACCAUUAAGAUUUGAAAUGAAUAAAAAUUUCCCCAAAUCACCAACAAAAUCACCUCAAAAAUCGCCUAUAAAAUCAUUAGCCCAAUCACCAAUUAAAUCACCAGUUAAAUUACCAAUGAAAUCACCAGUUAAAGCAGUAUCAAAAUCACCAUCAAAGAAAUCACCAACAAAGGUUUCCAAACAAGAUAAAUUGGAUGAGCCAAUAGAUCAAGAAGAAUCAAGAAAAUCUUAUGGACUAAAACCUAAGAAUCUUACUAGAAUGUCUUUAACAAAACCCAAAGGUGAUAUGAACAACAAUAAAUCUAAUAAUCUAACUAGAAAAUCUCUGAGUAAAGGUUUAACAAGUAUACCAUUGAUACCAUCAAAUAAGAAUCUUAAUAAACCUCGUGCAAAAUCAUUUGUUGGCCAAAUGAAACGUAAGACACAAUCAGAAGAUGAAAUUAAGACAAAUACAAUUCAAAAUCAACAAAAGCAUCAACAACAAACUCAGUUAUUACAACCAAGACCACAACCACAACCAAAGAAACUCAUUACUAAAGUUCCUCCACCUUCAACUAAUCAAAAAUUAGAACAAGAUAUUAAACGUCAACGUACAAGUGAAGAAGCUCGUACAAUGUUUAAGAAAAGAGCAUCAAGAAUUUCUGAUAAUAAUGAUCAUUUAAAAGAUGAUUCAAAACAACAACAACAACAACAACCAAGGAAACCAAUUCAAAUCUCUAAUGAUGAUAUUCCAACACAUCAACAAUCUUCAAGAUUACCACCUUCAAAUACUAAACAUUCUAAAUAUGGACCAAAUGCAAAUACAUCAACUUUAAUGAGAACUGCGGUAAUACAACAUGCAAAGGAAAAUAAUAAAAAUAAUCCAUUUCAAAAUGGUUCAAUUAAUAAACUUGGGAAUAAUUAUCAAUCAAUUCCAGUUACACCUAAAACACCAACAGUUUUACCAGAAAUUUUUUCAGAAUCUGAAGAUGAUGAAGAAGGUGUAAUAUUAAAAGAUUGGGCAAAUACCCCAGAAUUAAGAGAUAAAUUAAUGAAACAAAGAAGAAUAGAUCCAGAUCAAGUAUUUGGACCAAUGGCACCAUUACAAAUGGAAGAUAUUUUUAAAAAUUCAAGAUUAUCAAGAUUUAAACAUCGUGGAUCAUCAGCUCAAUGGGUUGGACAAGAUGCACUGACUUCACAAGAAGUUGAAAAUUAUAAAAAUAAAACUUAUAAAAAAUAG